CUCCCCCUUCUUUUCAUUCUGACUCAUAAUAAAUAAUGUCCAAGCCUCUCAUAUUCGUCACCGGCAACGCCAACAAACUCAGGGAAGUCAAGGCCAUCCUAUCAUCCGGCCCCGUGCCGGUCGAGAUUGACUCCAGAAGUCUAGACAUCGAAGAAAUACAAGGGACCACCCAAGAGGUAGCCCGAGCUAAAUGCAGCAAAGCCGCAGAACUGCUUAACGGACCAUGUAUAACGGAAGACACUGCCCUCUGCUUUGAGGCCCUUAAAGGCCUCCCAGGUCCGUACAUCAAGCACUUCCUCGCAGAUAUCGGCCACCAAGGCUUGAACAACCUCCUUGUUGGAUUCCCUACAAAGGCUGCGUGGGCCUUGUGCACUUUCGCGUAUUGCGAAGGUCCAGGUAAAGAGGUUCACCUCUUCGAGGGACGAACGGACGGUUCUGUCGUGCCCGCAAGAGGACCUGGAGUAUUCGGAUGGGACCCCGUAUUCCAGCCCGAUGGCAGCGAUUUAACUUACGCUGAAAUGUCAUCUGAUGUAAAGAACAAGAUUUCACAUCGCUAUAGAGCGCUUGAAAAGCUUCGCGUCUAUCUUCAAACAAUAAAUCCUUGAAUUCUAGAGCAUCAUGGAAUAUACCAAGAUUGCGAAAUCUGAAAAUGAUGUCAAUUUAUAUGUCAUACAAUAGCUAGGUUGUAUAGUAGAAUGUAGCGAGUCCGUAUGCUCAGUAUAGGAUGCGUAAGAGACUAGUUUGAUUUGGUG